GCAAAAUUUUCACUCCCACCCCCUACCGACUUCGUUCAAGUCGAUCCAGUCCGCCAUUUUAAUAGCUCUGAACGUAGUUUCCCGCCAUUUCUCUUAGUCUUGGCGAGUUCCGUGGAAAGGCGACCUUUAUGCGGGUGAGGCGGAGCCCGCUGCAGGUUAACGCUUUUCGCGUUUUCUAAAGUGCCCGCUCAUCGUCUCAAAAUGGCGGAAAAAAGUCCGCGGCCUGAGGAGGAGGAGGAAGACGGUGACGAGGAAGGAGAGGAGGCCGCAGAGGCCCCGGCGCGGCCGGUAAGAGUAGUGACGGUAAAAGCGGAGGAGCCGGGAGAGGAGGCCACCGCCCCGGACUCUCCACCUCCUCCUCCGCCUGGGGAAGUGGAGGAGGCGCCGCUGCUCGCCUCGCCGCCAUCCUCCCCGAACCCCCAGCCUGCUGUGCCCGACCCCGCGGCCUACCCGGCCGACCACCCCUCGGUCUCCGGGGUGAAUCUGUUCGCUAAUGACGGCAGCUUCCUGGAGCUCUUCAAGAAGAAGAUGGAGGCCGGGAGCAAGGAGGAGAGCAAGGAGCCGGACACGAGGAAGCCCGUCAUCCUGGUGGGCAAGCGUAGAGGAGGGGCAAAGCUGGCCCUGAAGACGGGCAUUGUAGCCAAGAAGCCAAAGACAGAAGAUGAAGAGAUCCUGACACAUAAGGGUGGAGCAUGGGCACAGUACAUGGCCGAGGUGAAAAAAUACAAAGCUCAUCAGUGCAGUGAUGAUGACAAAACCCGGCCGCUGGUGAAAUAGUGCGGAGAGUCAUGGACUUGUGCCGGUCGCAGCCUCUGGGGGCGGCUCGGCCUAGAAGAAUGUGUAUUGACCGCACACCUUGCUGCAGCUCCUCUCGCCGUCCCCUCUUCACCGCGGAUUAUACAAGCCCUUUCUGGACUUCUUUACUACCAAGAGAAAGAAAAGACUUUCCACGUAGGUUCUUCACACAGUGCCGGUGGUGAAUGACCCUUACCUGAGCGUGUAUCUGCCAUGAGGGCAGUUCUGACCUAAACCCGUCUGCCACAUGGAGGAAUAGAGAUCCUGUCUUUUUAUGUUGUUCUCCCUCAUACGUUUUUUUUUU